AUGUACGCUUCAAAGCUUUUUGAGAUUGUUCAAGCACACCUCCCUGAUGCCCAUGGUUUUGCCGAUGAUGCGCAAUUAUACCUGUCAUUCAAUCCUAAUAAUCCCGCUCAUCAAACGGAGGCGGUGUCUGCCAUGGAGGGAUGUAUUAGUGACCUGAAGAAAUGGAUGUAUCAGGACAAGCUAAAGUUAAAUGACGAUAAAACUGAAUUUCUUAUCAUCGAAUCUAGACAACAGAUUUUGAAAGUUAACCCUUGUACGAUUCGCGUUGGCAAUACCGAGAUCAAGCCAGUUUCGGAAGUGCGUAAUCUGGGCUCUUGGUUUGAUUCAAAUUUAUCCAUGUCCACCCAUAUUUCUAAGUCUUGUGGCGCUACAUUUUGCUGGCUACAUAAAAUCAAGCGCAAAA